AUGACAUUGCUCCCACGAGAAGGAUUCACAGUUGACUUUGUCGCCAAAUUGGCCCGAACCACUGUCCUGAACCCUAUCAUCACCAUUCCACUGGCGGUAAGCUCACUCGGGCUAUCGAUAUCCAGUUCAACUGGCUCAGACUGGAGCCAGUCGUUGGAGGCCGCACGACCAUACACUUACUCCCUGGCUGCCUUGAGCGCCCUGUUGUACGCUACCGACUUCCUAAACAGGCAGUUCAGCAAUAACUGGACCACUGACCCGGCCUGGGACUGGGAUAACGAGAUUGUCGUCAUAACUGGAGGCAGCAGCGGCAUUGGAGCUCAUCUGGCCCAGAAGCUGCAUGCUCGCAAUCCCAAGACAAAGGUCGUCAUCAUCGACUACGUCCCGUUAACUUGGAAACCGAUUGAAGGGUACUGUACCAAGUACUACCAAUGCGACCUCAGCGACAGCUCCCAGAUCCGUGCCAUCUGUGAGAAAAUCAGAACUGAAGUUGGUCACCCUACGGUUCUUGUUAAUAAUGCCGGUAUUUGUCGAGGUGCCACGGUGUGUGGUGGUUCCUACGCGGAUGUAGAGGUUACCAUACGGACGAAUCUCAUCGCACCAUUCUUGCUGGUCAAAGAGUUUAGCCCAGACAUGGCACGUCGGAAUCACGGCCAUAUCGUCAACAUUAGCUCAAUGAGUGCGUAUCUGCCACCGGCUAAAGUGGCAGACUACGCUGCAACCAAGGCUGGGCUGAUAGCGUUACAUGAGGCGCUACAAUUAGAGUUGAAGAAAGCACCCCGUGUCAGACUGUCACUCGCGGUGCUCAGCUUCACUCGAACGCCGCUAUUCAAAGGCAAGACGAAUCAAUCUAAUUUCCUGUUCCCGCUUUUGGAUGUUGAAUCUGUGAGUGAGGCAGUAGCAAAGACGCUGUGGAGCGGAUACGGCAAGACAAUCUUUAUGCCUGGCAUCAUGCGCUACAUUGCGAUAUUGAAAGGGGGGCCAGAAUGGUUGUGGCGCUUAGCAAGAGAGGCAACUGGUAGCACGCAGGUUGACUUUAGAGGAAGACAGAAGCUGGAUCCCAAGACAGGAGCAUUGCUUCAGACUUGA